AUGGCUGAUCGAAUCCGAGACCUCGUGCGACAGCUAUACCAGGCGCAUGAAAAGCUGAAGGGACAGAAAGGGCUGAGUGAGCAGUACCUGGCAGACAAAGCAAAUGCCGAGCAACAGAAUCUCCUACUGCGCCAGGACCGCGAGGAGGCGUGGGAGGAGACCAGGGCUUACAAGGAAGAGCUCAACAAACUAUACAAUGAGCUGAAUGCACUCCGGGGUGGACAGGCAAAUUUAAGCGACGAUCAUAUCGUCGAUCGAAUGCGCAGACUGAACCAGAACCUGGAAAAAUGGGUGAAAUCCCACUACCAAGAUGUCAAUGUCACCGAGUUGGCAUCGUUGCUCGAGUCAGAUAGUGGCGGGCCUCCGCUCAGCGCCUCGCAGCGACGCGCCGGCAUCCAGUCCUACCUCGCCCAUCUGAUCAAUGUCUAUAUCUUCAGUCCUUGCCACGUGGGACUAGCUGAUGAUCCAUACGGACAUUUCCUUUCCGACCUGGAAGGUGUUGUGCGACAGAAAUGUUCAGGGGCAGAGCUUCGCUCGUGGAAGGUGGCGAACAGCGUCGCAAUAGUGGCAAAGACUGGAGACUUACGUGAGGGUCUCUUCACCGACAUUGUCAACUUUGUGGAAGGCCAAUUCGGCAUCCCUCCCUCCGACAACGGCGCAGCCCGAAAGCGACAGCUGCGCGACUUGUUGGGGCGAUGUGCGGAUCUCAAGAUUACUCUGGGCCAGCAGAAACAAUGCCACGUCUUCUGCUGCAGUCAGAUCGGAGCGGAAUACGAUCCACAGGCGAUGACAGUCAUGGGAGGCGGCGAGGGGCAGGCGGGGGAGAAGGUGAGGUGGUCUCUGUGGCCGGCAAUCGUGAAGCUUAAGAGGGAAGGUGGCGAUGUGCUCGAGCCGGAGCUGGUCUGGACCACCCCAAUCAUAACGCUGAACAAGCCGGAGGAGUCCGCGUAG